AUGCAAGAUGCUGCUAAAUCACACACUAUUUUCGCGAAUCAUUCGGAUUCAGAAGAGCAUUGGAAAACCAAUAAACGAGCAUGGACGACACGUAGAGAAGUAAUUGGGUUCGGGAUCUACUCUGCAUAUCCUAAAGUUCGGAACCACGGAGGAGGACAUGUCAUUCGUAAUGUGUGUGGCUUUGAACAAGGACAGUUUCCCUAA